AUGCUGCAAAGGCCCAGCCUCCCCCCCAUUGCGGAGGUCGCCGCCCCGGAGCUUCGCUUGGCCGGCUUUCGCAUCAACGCUAAUACGUACGCCCCGAGCAGGGCCGACUACUACGUCGGCAUGUCCAUGCAGAGGGUCGACGACCCGAAUAGGACCACCUUGCCCAUCUCAGGCUUGCCGCCGCCGCCGUCAAGGACCGCCUUUCUGGAGAUGGGCUAUGUACGCUGGGCCCCGGAUGGCUCCAGGUUCGCCUUCUGCAUCUACGACCACCUGUUCGGCCUGGAGCUGUGGGUCGUCAACGUCGACACCCGCCGCGCGGAGUGCGUGCUUCCGGGCAUUCGCUUGAAUGCUGUGUGUGGUGAACCGUUCACGUGGAGCGCAGACUCGCGCAACAUCAUCGCCAAGUUUGUGGUCGAGGACCGUCGCGCCCCGGAGAUGUCGCCCGUACCGGUGGGGCCCGUCGUGCAGGAGAACACGUCGUCCAAGCCGGCCCCGUCGCGCACGUUCCAGGACUUGCUGAGGUCGAGGUAUGACGUCAAGCUGUUCGAACACUACACUACGUGCCAACUCGGCCUGGUCGACACGGACGCCUUUGAGAUGCGCCCGCUGGGCGCGCCGGCCGCGUUCCGGAGGGCCUCGCCGUCGCCGGACGGCACCUACCUGCUCAUCGACGCCAUGGUGCCGCCGUACGCCUACAUGAUGCCCGCGGGCCGCUUUCCGAGGAAGAUCGAGGUGUGGGACGCAGCGUCCGGGGAGAUUGCCUGCGUCGUCGCCGAGAUCCCGCUGCAGGACAAGAUCCCGAUCGCCUUCGACGGCGUCGGCGAAGGGCCGCGCGGCAUCGGGUGGCGCGCAGACUCGCCGGCCACCAUCUACUGGGCGGAGGCGCAGGACGGCGGCGACCCCAACGUUGAGGCCGACAUCCGCGACUGCGUGUUCAGCCUGCCCGCGCCGUUCACCGGGUCGCCGCGGAAGCUGGCAAGCCUGGCGUGGCGGUACAGCGGCAUCAUCUGGGGGAGCGAGACCGUGGCCCUCAUCUCCGAGCGGCGGUACAAGACGCGGUCCGCGCGCUCGUAUCUCAAUUGGGAAGACCGGUACAACGACGCCGGCAGCGUGUGUACGACACGCAACGCAGCGGGCAAGGGGGUGAUGCGGCUGAUCUACCCCAGCGGGCGCAAGGCCGAGGCGGGGGCGGAGGCCGGGGGUAGCACGGAUGUCGGGCGGCCGUUCCUGAUGCUGCAGGGGGCCGGGGCGUCCAAGGACGGGGACAGGCCGUUCCUGAGCCUGUUCGACACGGUGACCGGGGCCAAGACAAAGCUGUGGGAGAGCUCGCCGCCCAUGUUGGAAUCGGUGGCGGCCGUGCUGAAGGAGGACGCGGGGACGGGGGCGCCGCGCGAGGUGCUGGUGCGGCGCGAAAGCCCCAAGGAGAACCCCAACUUCUUCGUGGUGGACGUGAGGAAGGCAGCAGAACGGGUCGCUGUACCUGCCGCCGGGGUACUCGCAGGAGCGGGACGGGCCGCUACCGGUGUUCAUGUGGGCGUACCCGCGCGAGUACAAGUCUGCGCAGUUUGCCGGGCAGACGCGCGGGUCGCCGUUCCGGUUUGUGCGGCUGGCGCGGACGCCGCUGUACUGGCUGACGCGCGGGUACGCGAUCCUGGACGGGCCCGAGAUGGCGAUCGUGGGGUCGGGGGCGGGCGAGGCCAACGACACGUACGUGGAGCAGCUGGUGCUGAGCGCGGAGGCGGCGGUGGAGUACCUGGUGCAGCGCGGGGUGGGCGACCGCGCGCGCAUGGCGAUCGGCGGGCACUCGUACGGGGCGUUCAUGACGGUCAACCUGCUGGCGCACGCACCGGAGCUGUUCUGCUGCGGGGUGGCGCGGUCCGGGGCGUACAACCGGACGCUGACGCCGUUCGGGUUCCAGAGCGAGGAGCGGACGCUGUGGGAGGCGCGGCGCGUGUACGAGCGGAUGUCGCCGUACAUGUACGCCGACCGCGUGCAGAAGCCGCUGCUGCUGACGCACGGCGACGCCGACCAGAACGCAGGCACGUUCCCCAUGCAGAGCGAGCGCCUCUACCAGGCGCUCAAGGGACACGGAAAGGUGUGCCGGUACGUGUCCCUGCCGCACGAGGGGCACGGGUACCGCGCGAGGGAGUCGGUGCUGCAUGUGCUCGCCGAAAUGACCGACUGGCUCGACCGGUACUGCAAGGGCUGACUGCAAGGGCUGCUGCUGACCUCAGCCCCUUGCGGUACCGGUGGGGGCGGCGCGUGUGGGUGGGGCGGCGCGUGGCAUGUUGGUUGAGUGUGUUUGGGGCCGUUGGUGAGAUUCAGGUGCAGAAAGCGAAGUGCAAGGGAGGCUAG